GAUGUAUUGUUAUAUUUACAACUAGUAUAUUAUCUUGUCAGCAGCCAUAAACACCAGUGUUUGGCUUGCAAGAACAGUGUAUUGUUUUAUUCGCAUCCGAAUUCAGUAGUGAAAUUAGUUUUUAAUUUAAAAUCAGUGCGUUAACAGCAGCGACAAUAGCUAGCUAUUCGGGAAUUUAAAAGUGCAUUUUAUUUUAUUACUUAAAACAAAAUAGAAUUUUUGAAUUCGUUUUGAAUUAAGUGCACGGUAUUUUGAAAAAUGGCGGCAAAAGCCGAUAGUUUUUCUGAUUCGGAAGCAUAUUUAAAAUUCGAGAAAUUCGGUAGAUAUCAUUUUGUACAAUACGUACUAAUAUGUUUACCUCUAAUGAUGGUAUCAAUGAUACACGUGAAUUAUAUUUUCGUCGCUGAAGAUGUAGAUCACAGAUGCCUCGUCCCAGAAUGCGAAGAUGCGAACCCGAGUGUGGAGUUACCAGUUUGGUGGCCAAAAGAUGUCGACGCAAGAUGCUUCAGACCGGUAGUCGAUAUGCGUGAAUAUGAUAAAUCAAACCAAACAUGUUCGAAUAACACGUUUGUACAGAUACUGGAAGACUGCCAUCACUGGAUAUAUGAGAAUGAUAAUUCGAUCGUUUCUGAGCUCAAUUUGGGAUGCCAGUCUUGGAAGUCCACUUUGGUUGGGAGUCUACAUAACGCUGGAAUGGUUAUGUCCAUGAUAAUUACAGGAUGGAUUGCAGACAAAGUUGGAAGAAAACCUACAAUUAUCGUAUGCUCAAUCGGUGGUGCUGUCGGACUUGCGAAAAUAUUUAUCACAAAUUACUAUGCAUACCUUGGUGUUGAAUUCUUGGAAUCUGUUUUAGCAUCAGGGUUAUAUACCGUUGCUGUUGUUUUAUUGAUAGAAGUCGGUGGUGAAUCGAAUCGAGUGCUGGCUGGAGUUAUAUUUUCAUAUGCUGUUUAUGUAGGUGAAGUUCUAUUUGCCUUUAUAGCAAUGGGCCUAAAAUAUUGGAAAACUUUAAUCCUCGUUGUAUACACCCCGAUGGUUAUAUUCAUAGCAUAUAUUUUAAUUUUAAAAGAAGGCACAAGAUGGCAAAUGCUAAGAGGCAGAACAGCAGAAGCAAAAGACACUCUGAAAUUUGUAGCAAAAAUGAACAAAAUCGAUGUUAGUGCGGACGAAAUCGAUGAAAUAAGUGAUGAAGAUCUGAGAUUUAAAUUCAAUGUUGUAAUGCAGAAAGAGAAGGAAAGCGUGAAAGACAUUCUAGCUUCCAAAGAGACUAUGUUAAGGCUGAUUGUUACUUCUUUUUGCUUUUUCACCUCAAGCUUCGUGUACUACGGCUUAGCAGUCCACUCAGUAUUACUACCAGGAAAUAAGUAUACUAAUUUUGUAUUAACGUCCAUUGCAUCUUUUCCUGGAGAUCUGAUAGCGCUUUACACGUUCAAAAAGUUUGGAAGGAAAAUAUCUCUGCAAAGUGGCUACGUUUGCUCUGCUGUAUUUCUUAUCGCCCAGACUUAUACUCCUGAUUCACUGUCCUGGUUGAAAAUAUUAUUAUUUUUAUGCGGAAAACUUGGUGUUGUUGUUUGCUUCACUGGCAUAUACACAUACAGUCUGGAGUUGUUCCCCACCAGUGUUCGUGGGACGCUUGUUGGAGUUGGCAACACCGCUGCUAGAUUAGGCAGUAUGCUAGCACCACUAACUCCUCUCUUGACGAGUGAACUGAACGCGUUGCCAUCAAUCUUAUUCUCUACCACGGCGAUAGUAGCAGCUCUCCUGUUAACGUUUACACCUGAAACUAUGAAUUUACCUUUGUUUGACACGAUAGCACAAAUAGAAACAUAUAAUUCUAAAGUUAUGACGCAUUUGUGAUGUGACAUCAAUCGAAACUAGUUUUAAUUCGGAGAUCAAUGUUCACUAAGCGCUACUAAGAAGCUCACGAUAUGUUUUAUUUCAAUAGGUUUUGUUAAUGUUUAAUUAAUUUUGUUUUCUUCGCUAUUUUACGGUGCUCUUGAUGAUCACUAUGUGAUUUGAUGAUAUUUGCAAAAUAACUUGAAUAAAUGACUUAAAUACAUCAUCAAUAACCAAUUAAAAUAUAGUAAAUUAAUUUACCCUAGUUAAAAAUAGAUAGUAAGAUUUUAAUUUAUAAUGUUUUUAUAUUUUUUAUGUCGAUAAGAAGAAUAUCAUUAAGUUGUAAGCAUAUUUUGGUAAUCAGAAAGUUUUAUUAAGUUAAAUAUGCAAUGUAUCAAAUUAAAGUGUAUCCAAGCCCUUAUGUAAUUAGCUUUAGAUUGCAGUUUCUAAUAGAGAGGUGUUAUUUUUAAUUUAUUAUUAAUUUAUAAUGUAAU